AGAGAGAGAGAGAGAGAGAGAGAGAGAGAGAGGAGACUCCUUAGAGUUUGGUUUAGACUUUUUACAAAACACUUGUAGGAAUUAAACUACAAAGAGAAGAACAACAGAGUCAAAGAGCCCAAACUGGGAUUGUUUCUCAAACAUGAAAUAUUUCUCUUGGAUUUGUUUUCUCCCAUUCCUGUCAUACUUUUCAUUUAGGACGGCAGAUUGCAGUAACAGACAAAGAAGACAAAUCCCAGCUCGGGGUUUAGCAGGUGUGUGUCGCUAUGGCAGCCGACUGGAGUGUUGCUACGGCUGGAAGAAAAACAGUAAAGGUCAUUGUGAAGCUCAGUGCGACUUGGGAUGCAAACACGGCGAGUGUGUCGGCCCUAACAAAUGCAAGUGUUUUCCUGGAUACACCGGAAAGACGUGCAGUCAAGAUCUGAAUGAGUGCGGUCUGAAGCCUCGACCCUGUGAACAUCGCUGCAUGAACACGUUUGGCAGCUAUAUGUGCUACUGUUUGAACGGAUACAUGCUAAUGCCUGACGGGUCCUGUGCAAACUCGAGGACGUGUUCUUUGGCUCAUUGUCAGUACGGCUGUGAGGAGGUCGAAGGAGAAAUUUGUUGUCUCUGUCCUUCUGCUGGUCUUCAGUUGGGACCUGAUAGGAAGACCUGUGUCGACAUUGAUGAAUGUGCAACUGGCAAAAACCAGUGUCCGUUCAAUCGGCAGUGUAUCAACACGUUUGGAAGCUACUACUGCAAAUGCCAGGGCGGUCACGAUCUCAAAUAUAUAAAUGGCAAAUACGACUGUGUUGAUAUAAAUGAGUGUGCUGCCAGCAUACAUAAGUGUUCUCAUCACGCUGAGUGCAUUAACACACACGGAUCCUACAAGUGUAAAUGCAAACAGGGUUUCCGUGGCAACGGAUUCGACUGUUCAGCGAUUCCUGAUGCCCCCAACAAAAUCCGUAUACUGGGGGGCAAAUUUGACAACACCAUCCCAGAGCCUGUGGUGACCGAGUCUCCACGACAUCACAUGCAACCCUUCGACUAUGAUGGCGAGGUCUACAUCGGCCCUUCUGAUGAAACUCCAUUGUUUCCUGAGGGAAAGAAGUUUUACAAUGAGGAAGAUGAGGAGGAAGAGGGAGAAGACACAGGAAAUCAGCUGGAAGGCGAGGAGCUGAACGCCAGAGGAGAUGUUUUCUUUCCAGACGACUUUGUGCCUGUUUAUGGUUCCGACACAGAGCCGAAAGAGAGUCAAGCGGCGCCACUGAGGGAAAGGUUCCUGACAGAUUGUAAUUUUGAUCACGGUGCGUGUGAGUGGGUUCAGGAUAACGAUGAUGAUUUGGACUGGACCAUCAAGUAUCAUAAAAAUGGAAGAGAAUACUUCCUGGCUCUGCACGGACUUAUUGGCAGCAGGAAGGAGCAGGCGAGGAUGAAGCUGCUUCUGGAUGAUUACAUGCGUCAGAGCGUCUUCUGUCUUAAAUUCGAUUACCGUAUCCUGGGACAGAACAUGGGCAUCUUACGAGUGACGUGGGACAGCAGCGCCUUUGCCAUUUGGGAGAGAAGACAGAGUCACAACCAGGAAUGGCAAACAGAAAAUAUCACAAUUACCUGGACGGGAACAGCUCCAGAAGCGCUCAUCUUUGAGGCCGAGCGGGGGAAGUCAGUCACUGGAGAAAUUGGGCUGGAUCAUGUAGUUCUCUUCUCAGGGCCCUGUUCAGAAGAUAAAGUAUUUUAAGGGCACUUCAAUGGACAUACUUUUGUGUUUGUGUAUGUGCGUCCUGUUAAAUCAUCUUGACAGCAACAAAAAAGACAGAUCUUGCUGCUGCUCUUAUAAUAAUAAGCAUAUAUGCAUAUGAAAACAAUGAGGACACAUUCAUGAAAGUCUUAUUAAUAUUAUGAUCUUAAGUUUCCUGAAAGGUUUGUUGGUAGUUUCUAUUCACUGUUUGUAUAAUUAUAUAAACAUUUUAACAUUAUAACAGCUGUAAAUUUUGCUUUAAUGUUGCCUUGCAUUAAAAUGUUUUUAAG